AAAAAUACAUCAAACAGUGAAGGAAAUUACCCGUCCCAGCUAUCGUUUCCUGCGACAUCGUCGACCCCACGGUCAGCGGGUCGCGACGGCAGUGAAACCAAACAUCAGCGAGGCGCUCUUGUUGCUUUUAAUGACGAACGUUAGCUCGUUAGCCGAAUGACCCCUCGCUCUCUCUCUCCCCCCCAGUCCCUUCGUGUUGGCUGGAGCUCAACGGGCAGCAGACGGAAGGGAGCACUGUUAGCACAAAAUAACGAGACUCACCGAAACGAAACGCUCUGUUGGCCUCAUCUAGGCUCACAGGAUUGUUGCUGUUAAAACCAUCAUGCAUUGAAAGCAUAACUGAAGCAGUGUUUUCCAUUCAUAAGGCCGAGCCUGUCACUAAAUAAGGGUUUGGCUGCAGCCGCCGCCGCUAGCAGCCUAGCUAAGUAUAAGCUAGUCCAAAAUCCCAGAUCCUGCCUUUUGAUCUACUUUGUGUUUGAUAAAUGUGCAUGAAUGAUCAUUUCUGUAAGAGAUUAGGUUCAUAUUUACAUUCCCUGAUCUUUGCAUGUGGCCGUUUGCAGCCAGACGUGAGUCAAGUUCACUGUCAGGAUCACAGGUUGUGUGGAUUUGUGAUUUUAACAGGAGCGGAUCCCGGUAUGGGGGACAUGAAGACCCCAGAUUUUGAUGACCUGCUGGCAGCUUUUGAUAUUCCUGACAUAGAUGCAAAAGAGGCCAUCCAGUCUGCCCCCGAUGAGGCUGAGGGGCCCCACGGAGCUGCAGGUGUGCCUCUGGGAAAGCCAGAAAACGUUGUGGGUGUUGGGUCUUCGCUGAGACCGCCAAGCCCUUCAGAUCCUCAGGUGGACACCUCCAUCGUGAGUGUGAUUGUGAAGAACAAAGUCCGUCACGAGGCUGUGGAUGGAGGAGAGGGAGAGACAGACCAGCACCCUAUCGAUGUGAUCACAGGUGCAGAUGUAGGUCCCCGAAUCGGUGCGUGUGCUCCCGGGAUGGCAGAAUCUGAAGCUCUCAAUCACAACGGUUUUGGAGCAUCUGUGGUUUCCACGCCACUCCCCCUCAGCCAGGCUCAGUCUAACGGUGCACCGUGGUCCAUGAGCAGCCCUAAAGUGUCCGCAGAAGCAGCUGGUGCCAGUACAGCCAAGUCUCACAAGCAGAGUGCUAAUAUUUUCAACAGACUUAAACCACUUGUGGCCCAGGGUUCUGGAGAUCCAGUGGGUCGGGCCAGAAAGAUGCAACUUUUGCAGCAGCAGCACCAACAGCAGCAAGAUACAGGCCAAGAAAGAGCAGAUGGGGUCAAAGCAUCAUUACCUACGUCUUCCUCCCUAUCAGACGGGUCGCCUUCUUUGGCUGCUGCAGGACCUGCAGGAUUGUCCUUGCCAUUCUUUCCACCUACAAAGCCUCUGCUUUCAGCUUCACCGUCUGCUCCCUCGUCGCACCCGCUGCAUUUGUCUCAGCCUUUUAACGGAGCUCCCAAAAGUGGUGCAGCUGGAUUUCAGCACCAGCAGGUGGAGGAGGACGAUUCCGACCCUGAUCGGGUAAGUCCACUAUUGAUCCAGGAGAACCUGGACUCUCCGAGCCAACGCUACAAGUCUGAUUCGGUUUCUGUGCAGCCUUCCUCCUCUGCUGCAUCUCAACCCACACCUGGAGACACCCCUUCUGGGUCAUCUCUGAUCUCAUCAACCCCACAGUUUGGCACCACGGAGAAUGCACAGAUUGAGGAGAGACAUCCGGAGCACGUCAUAGAGGAAAGAGAUUCACCUGAGAGCCCUGAACCAGAGACCCCAAAUCCACCCGCUCACGCCACAGCUAAAAUGUGCUCCAGUCCUGCUGUCGCCUCCACUCCACCUCCUUCUGAACUACGGGAGCCUAAAGAGGAGGAGGAAGAGAUGGAAGUGGGGAACGGCAUCGACAGGACUGUUGACGGUAAAUCAGAUAAGGGAGAAAACAUGGACACUGGUGGGGAACACUUAGAGGUGGGUGAUGCGAAAUCUAAACCCAAAUCCAUGGAUGAAGGACAAACGGGCAGCACUGCGCCUGUUCCCCCCGGAGCUCCAUCCAGACCGCUUAAAGUGCGAAUAAAAACAAUUAAAACCUCCACUGGUGGAAUCACCAGAACUGUAACAAGAGUUGCCCCAAAAGGCGGCGCUGCAGGGAAAGGCCUGGACCCAAAAGCUCAAACUGGGGAUCAGAAGACGCAAGCAAACAAAACCCAAAAAUCAGAGGCUUCUGCUGGUCAUGUGGCCGCAUCCUCCCAGAAAGCAAGUGCUCUGAAUGCUCUGCCCGUUUCCACACUUGCAGCGAGCAGCGUCAUGCUCGCCGCUGCCACAAAAGUCCAAAACAAAAUGGCUUCUUCAGAGAAGACGAAGGUUUCUGCAGCUGCUGUCAGCAUCACCAAGUCCACUGCUCUGCCUGCAACGCCCGCGGUGGCAUCCUCUCCAAAGUUCUCAGUCGCUACCGGUGGGGUAAACGUUCGCGCAGCAACUAACAAAACGGCAAACGGAGGCAGUGGGAGCCUUCAGCCAAACAAACCCGCCUCCAUUGUCAACAGCACAGGAGCCGUCAUCUCCCGGAGUCAGUCGAGCCUGGUGGAGGCGUUCAACAAGAUCCUUAACAGCAAAAAUCUUUUGCCAAGCUACAAACCGGACCUCUCUGCUCCCCCGCCGCCCGAGUGGGGUCUCCCCCUCCCCGCUACCGGGUACCGCUGCCUGGAAUGUGGAGACGCCUUCGCCUUGGAGCGCAGCUUGGCACGACACUACGACCGCAGGUCGCUGCGCAUCGAGGUGACCUGCAACCACUGUGCCAAGAGGCUGGCCUUCUUCAACAAGUGCAGCUUGCUGCUGCACGCGAGGGAGCACAAGGAGCGCGGGCUGGUGAUGCAAUGCUCACACCUGGUCAUGAGGCCUGUCACGGUGGAGCAGAUGAUUGGGCAACAAGACAUCACGCCCAUCGGCGGUCUGCUCACCUCUUCAUCCUCUCCUCCAGUCUCCUCUCCAUCUACCACAUCAGGAGGUCCCGCCACCAACGCCAACUCCAGCCCCAUGAAGGACUCAUCGUGUCCCACGGCAGCCCAGCCUCGACCUGUUCGCCGCGCUCCCCAGGGCCCCCAGGCACUGAUGCCCCUGCCCUGCAAGAAGGCAGAGGGGCUGCAGUACAACAACUUCAAAUGUCCCGAGUGCCAAACACAGUUCUCUGGCAAGACUGAGCUGGUAACUCACUUCCAGCAGGUCCGAGGGGCUCCUAACUCGACGUGUACUCAGUGCUCUCCUCCCAUGAUGCUCCCUAACCCGUGUGCCGUGUCCGCCCACCAGAGGAUCCACAAACACAAAUCGCCACACGUGUGCCCCGAGUGUGGGGGAACCGCACGACAGGCCAGCUUCCAGACGCACCUGGAGGAGGCGUGUCUGCACUUCGCCAGGCGCAUCGGCUACAGGUGCUCCAGCUGCCAGGUCGUGUUCGGAGGCUUGAACUCCAUCAAGUCCCACAUUCAGACGGCUCAUUGCGAGGUCUUCCACAAGUGUCCCAGCUGUCCCAUGGCCUUCAAGUCUUCCCCCAGCGCCCAGAGUCACAUCAGCACCCAGCACCCGACGCUAACCGGAGGACAGGCCAAGAUGAUCUACAAGUGUGUGAUGUGUGACACGGUUUUCACCCAGAAGCCCUUGCUGUACAUGCACUUUGACACGCACUUAGCCAAGCAGAAAGUGCACGUGUUCAAGUGUCCUGACUGCACUAAGCUGUAUGCUCAGAAGGGCUCCAUGAUGGAGCACAUUAAGACUGCUCACAGAGGCCCCUCGGCCAAACAGGAGUCCCAACCUGACACCUCAAACCCCCCUUCAGUCCCGACCAACACGUCCGGUCCCGCCAGCUCCAAGUCCAAAUCCUCCGGAAAGCCCGACACCUCCGACGGCGAGGACUGGGGGCGGGAGCAGGAGGAGGAAGAAGAGGAGGAGGACGAUGAGGAGGACGACGAAGGGGACGAGGACUACGAGGCCCCUGGGGGUCACCCUGCUGCUGCCGCCAACCCCGCUGCUGCAAGCGUCGCGACUGAGUGGACUUGUCCUCAGUGUCAGAACACCUUCACGGAUAACGAAGACUAUCAAAGCCACGUGAAAAUGGAGCACAGCAAGUUCCCGUGCCGUAUCUGCGGAGGAACAUUCAGCACCUCCUCGAGCUUGAGACGUCAUGAACGUGUGAUUCACGAGGGCAACAAGAGAGUCUUCCACUGCCAAUUUUGCACAGAAGGCAAGCGUACGUUCGGCAGCCGGUUCCUGCUGGACAAACAUAUCCGGCUCCAUCACAGAAACCCAGAAGGACAAGGACCGCCCCUGACCAGGAAGCGAGCCGCUACAGGAGAAGGACCGGGCAGCUCCUCGGAACAGGAUGGAGAGGUGGGUCCUCCUGUAGGUAGAGGAGCAGAGGAGGAGGAAAACACCACAGAAGAAGGCAGCGGUCCCGCAAAGAGAACCAGGGCGUCCAUUGCAUCCACGUCAUCGACACCCGGUGAGCUAGAAGAGGAAGACAAUAUAUUUCGGUGCGUCCCCUGCGGCUUCUCCACAGAGGACGAGGCGGAGUUUCAGCGCCACAUCCCGCAGCACCGGGGUGACAUCGCUUCCUUCCAGUGCCUGCAGUGUGGCGUCUGCUUUGCCUCGGCUGGCUCUCUCAGCAGGCAUCGCUUCAUCACUCACCGAGUGCGGGACACGCAGGGUGACGGUGAGCGCGGCGCCCCACGCGCUCCCGGCUCUCCUGGCGCCUCCCCUAGCGCCUCCCCCCAGUCUCAGACCGAGGACGGAGAUGGAAACCUGAGCUGCAGGGUGUGCGGCCGGCACUUCGACAAGGCCUCUGACCUCAACACGCACUUCAGGACCCACGGUAUGGCCUUCCUCACCGCACAUAAAACAGACAAGCCCCAGUAGGGGAGGGGCGCAGGACGGGCCACCUGGGACUGAUGAGUAGAACAUGAAUGUUGAAGAACCACAGGUUUUUUUUCUUAACUCAAAAUGGCGCCUCUGUGGUGCGAUUGUAACUGCAUGUUUGCUCAGAAACAAGAAGCAUUUAUAUAUAUCAUCCACUCCUGCACUAUAGCCACACACACACACCUCCCACUGCACUCCAGCCAGCUGUCACUCCCUACUUCAUGUCGCAUUCGUGCUGCCCCGCCGCUUCUAGAGAGCGACAAUCUGCUCAAUCGGAGAGAGCUGAAGCUUUUUGGGAGAAACUGACACUGAUUUUUAUGUUGCAAUAUUUAUUUAUAUAAAAACACGUCACUGCUGUUGGUAUUUUUGUCUUGAUGCCGAAACGAGAAGGUCACAGGAAGUCUGUAGUAUGUGUCGUGUGAAUAAAUUGUGAUGUUAAUCUUUAAGCUAGGCGGAGAAUCGGGCUGUUGGUAGAACAAGUGGAUGACCUUUGACAUGUAAAUACAUAUAAUUACACUAAGAAAGCGUACUGGUUUUAGUAACUUGCUAUGACAAUGUGAAUAUGUGUAGUAUUUGUAUUGCUCAACCCUUUUUUCCACCCUAAAAAUAACUGGUUUUAAAAAAGAAAAGCUGCCCCCCCCCCCAAAGAAUUAGCGACAUGUUAUAAUUACAAAAAAAAAAAAAAAGAACAAUGGGGGGUUGUGUCAUUAAUGUGUAUGAAAACAAAAACGUUUAUCGGAGACGGUUGUUUUUUUAACUACUCGCGUUUCUUUUGUAUGUCCCAGCCUCCAGCGCCUCACGGUGGGGGGGCGGCUUUGAUUUCUCGUUUGUAUCUUUUUUAUAUGUCAUAUCAUAUUUAUAGAGCUCAGUAGUGGAAGUUUCACGUCAUCUUCUCCAUGGUUGUGGUCUGCUUGCUGAAAUGCCAUAAACCUCUGUGCUGUUUGGAAAUAAAUGUGUAAAAGAUG